GCAGGGGUUUCAGUUUCUGGCGCGAACUUCCGUCGUUCCGAAGUUGCAGGGCGAAUUGGAGCGAUGUCUGGGGACAGCAGCGGCCGCCGGCCCGAGGGCCGGGGCCGGGGUCGCGACCCGCACCGGGACCGCACCCGCUCCCGCUCUCGCUCGCGGUCCCCGCUGUCGCCUGUGUCCCGCCGCGGCUCCGCGCCGGAGCGCAGGGAGGCCGCGGAGCGCCCAAGCUUGGAGGAUCCAGACCCGUCGGAUUCCGGGGACGAGAUGCUGGACCCGGCCAGCCUGGAGGCGGAGACCGAUCAUGGCCUGUGCCGCCAGAUCCGCCAUCAGUACCGGGCGCUCAUCAACUCGGUCCAACAAAACCGGGAGGACAUACUGAAUGCCAGCGACAAAUUAACAGAGGUCCUUGAAGAGGCCAACACUUUGUUCAAUGGAGUGUCCCGAGCACGAGAAGCCGUCCUGGAUGCCCACUUUCUUGUUUUGGCUUCGGAUUUGGGCAAAGAGAAAGCAAAGCAGCUGCGCUCUGAUCUGAACUCUUUCGAUAUGUUGAGAUAUGUUGAAACUCUACUGACACAUAUGGGUGUAAAUCCGCUAGAAGCUGAAGAACUCAUCCGUGAUGAAGAUAGUUCUGAUUUUGAAUUCAUAGUCUAUGACUCCUGGAAAAUAUCAGGCAAAACAGCAGAAAACACCUUUAAUAAAACCCAUACAUUCCACUUUCUGUUGGGUUCAAUACAUGGAGAGUUUCCUGCACCAAAGCCACGAAUUGAUCGUCCAAGAAAAGUUCGUAUGAUAGAAGAACAGAGGGCAAUGCCUGCCCAGUUAAAAAGAAUGGAAGAGUCUCAUCAGGAAGCAACAGAGAAAGAAGUAGAAAGAAUCUUGGGAUUGUUGCAGACAUAUUUUCGAGAUGAUCCUGAUACUCCAAUGUCCUUCUUUGACUUUGUGGUUGAUCCGCAUUCUUUUCCCCGUACAGUGGAAAACAUCUUUCAUGUUUCCUUCAUUAUACGGGAUGGUUUUGCAAGAAUAAGACUUGAUCAAGACCGACUGCCAAUAAUAGAGCCUGUUAAUAUUAAUGAAGAAAAUGAGGGAAUUGACCAAAACACCCAAGUUAGGAAUCAAGGCAUUAUAGCUCUGAGUUACCGUGACUGGGAGGAAAUUGUGAAGACCUUUGAGAUUUCAGAGCCUGUGAUUACUUCAAGUCAGAGCCAGCAGCGGCUUCUGCUUGAUGCCAGCUGAAGGACUCAGGUGGAUAGUGAAAUCCAAGAAGGAAAGAAGCAUGGAUUGUAUAUAUUGUAUGAUUCAAUGUUUUUAAAGACAGAUUGUUUUUAGUAAAAUGUAGCUUUUGAUAGUUAAUGAAUUUGUCACGGUUGUCUUUGAUUAAAGGAAAUUCACUGCCAUGUUCACAAAU